GGGAGGGGGGGGCAACUGGGGAAACCCCCACCUCGCUCUCCUUCCCUCCCCCAAGGAAUCCCUCCUCCCUUCCCGCACCUGGGGAUCCCCCCCUCCUCCCUUCUCCUGGUCCCCUCCCCCUCUCGCAGCGUCCUUGCCCACCUGGCGCCCCUCCCCGAGAGGGGAUCUCCGCAGCCCUGGUUUAAAAGCCUUCGGGAGACAAGAAUGGGGAGCAGGAAGGACCGGAAACUGGCCCCUAUUUUCCCCCUUUCCUGCCUCCUCUCUAGGCGCAAAAGAAAACCUCUCUGCGUUUAACCCCUUCGCUGAAGCCGCUGCUGGGAAACUGCAAACAAUGCCAAAGACAGCCACCCCCAAGGAAAGCCCAAGCCCAAGAUCAAAAACGAGGAUCGAGAUUGAAAAAGAUGAAAAGGAUACCAAUAAGAGCAUUUCGGACAACUGAGGAUAACCAACAACUUUGAAAAUGAAAGCAAAUUGAGCCCUCAGAAAAGCACACAAUUCUUCUCUUUCCCCAGCUGGUGAGAGACAAAGGGGAGAAAAUCAAGAAGAGAUAUCAAACUGGAAAAAGUAGAGUAUACAGAACUCAAUAGAUUACAUGAAAAGGUCAAAGGAGAUUAUUUUUUCCAUUCAGAAAAAAAGGAAAAUAUCUAGAAGUGAGUGAGGAGGAAAAAGACAAUUGGAUAGCCACAAAAGGUAGACAGAAAUGCUGGUCUUUAGACAGUAAUGCAGGCCUUGCCCUAUGAGGAAGAAAACAGUAGCUUGAAUCAAAGCUCCAUGCAGCAAAAGACCACACGUAUUUUUGACCUCUUCAAGAACAUCAGUGGUAGAAAAGCUCCAUAGAUGUGCCUAUUGUGGGAAAAGCACACAUAGCAAAUCUGUUCUGAUUGUGGGAAAACUUUCAGUCAGAAUUCCAACCUGGUGAGACACUAGAGGAUGCACACAGGAGAGAAACCCUUUGAAUGUCCUGAUUGUGGCAAACGUUUUAGUUGGAAUUCCCAUUUGGUUAAACACCAGAGGACUCACACAGGAGAGAAACCCUUUGAAUGUCCUGAUUGUGGGAAAAGUUUCAGUGAGAAUUCUAACCUGGUACACCAUCAGAGGGCUCACACAGGAGAGAAACCCUAUGAGUGUCUUCAUUGUGGCAGGGGUUUCAGUCAGAAUUGCAACCUGGUGAAACACCAGAGGACUCACACAGGAGAGAAGCCCUUUGAAUGUCCUGAUUGUGGGAAAGGUUUCAGUCAGAAUUCAAGCCUGGUGAUUCAUCAGAGGACUCACACAGGACAGAAACCCUUUGAAUGUCCUGAUUGUGGCAAACGUUUCAGUUUGAAUUCCCAUUUGGUUAAACAUCAGAGGACUCACACAGGAGAGAAACCCUUUAAAUGUCCUAAUUGUGGGAAAAGUUUCAGUCAAAGGUCCAGCUUGGUGGUACACCAGAGGACUCACACAGGGGAGAAACCCUUUGAAUGUCCUGAUUGUGGGAAAAGUUUCAGUCAAAAUUCUGAGCUGGUGAAUCAUCAGAGGACUCACACAAGAGAAAAACCCUUUGAAUGUCCUGAUUGUGGGAAAAGUUUCAGUCAUAAUUCUAACUUGAUAAGCCACCAGAGAACUCACACAGGAGAGAAACCCUUUGAAUGUCUUCAUUGUGGCAGAGGCUUCAGUGAGAAUUCCAACCUGGUGACACACCAAAGGACUCACACAGGAGAGAAACCGUACAAAUGUCCUGAUUGUGGGAAAGGUUUCAGUCAGAAUUCAAGUCUAGUGGUUCAUCAGAGGACUCACACAGGAGAGAAACCCUUUGAAUGUUCUGAUUGUGGCAAACGUUUCAGUUGGAAUUCCAAUUUGGUUAAACACCAGAGGACUCACACAGGAGAGAAACCCUUUGAAUGUCCUGUUUGUGGGAAAUGUUUCAGUCAGAAUUCAAGCCUGGUGAUUCAUCAGAGGACUCAUACAGGAGAGAAACCCUUUGAAUGUUCUGAUUGUGGAAAACGUUUCAGUUUGAAUUCCCAUUUGGUUAAACACCUGAGGACUCACACAGGAGAGAAACCCUUUGAAUGUCCUGAUUGUGGGAAAAGUUUCAGUGAAAGGUCCAGCUUCGUGACACACCAAAGGACUCACAGAGGAGAGAAACCGUACAAAUGUCCUGAUUGUGGGAAAGGUUUCAGUCAGAAUUCAAGUCUGGUGGUUCAUCAGAGGACUCACACAGGAGAAAAACCAUUUGAAUGUCCUGACUGUGGUAAAAAAUUCAAUUGGUACCGCAGCUUGAUGAAACACCAGAGGACUCACACAGGACAGAAACUCUUUGAAUGUCCUGAUUGUGGGAAAGCUUUCAGUCAGAAUUGCAACCUGGUGGAACACCAGAGGACACACACAGGAGAGAAACCAUUUGAAUGUUCUGAUUGUGGCAAACGUUUCAGUUGGAAUUCCAGUUUGGUUAAACAUCAAAGGACUCACACAGGAGAGAAACCCUUUGAAUGUCCUGAUUGUGGGAAACAUUUCAGUCAAAGGUCCAACUUGGUGAUACACCAGAGGACUCACAUGACAGAAAUGAUAUGAAUGUCCAGAUUGUGGAAAACGUUUCAGUCAUAAUUCUGAUCUAGUGAAGCCAUACGAGGGUCCAGAGUGUGGGAAAAGUUUCACUUACUGUUCUGAUCUGGUGAAAUCCCAGAGGACUCACACAGGAGAGAAGCCUUUUGAAUGUCCUGAUAGUGGGAAAAGUUUCAGUCACAAUUUUAACCUGAUGAAGAAGAUACCAAUAAGAGCACUCCGGACAACUGAGAAUAACCAACAACUUUGAAAAUGAAAGCAAAUUGAGCCUUCGAAAAGCAUACAUUUCUUCUCUUUCCCCAGCUGGUGAGAGACAAAGGGGAGAAAAUCAAGAAGAGAUUUCAAACUGGAAAAAGUAGAAUAUGCAGAACUCAACAAUAGAUUACAUAAAAAGGUCAAAGGAGAUUAUUUUUUCCAUUCAGAAAAAGAGGGAAAUAUCUAGAAGUGAGUGAAGAGGAAAAAGACAAUUGGAUAGCCACAAAAGGUAGACAGUAAUGCAGGUCUCUAGACAGUAAUGCAGGCUUUGCCCUAUGAGGAAGAAAACAGUAGCUUGAAUCAAAGUUCCAUGCAGCAAAAGACCACACGUAUUUUUGACCUCUACAAGAACAUCAGUGGUAGAAAAGCUCCAUAGAUGUGCCUAUUGUGGGAAAAGCACACAUAGCAAAUCACAGAUUAUGCAUAACAGGAUCCACAUUGGAGGAAAGCCAUACAAAUUCUCCAAAUGUUGGAAAAGAUUUAGUUAGACUAGUUACCUUGUGGUUCAUGAAAGGACUCAUACAGGAGAGAAGCCCUAUAGCUGCUCCCAAUGCAGUAAAUGCUUUUGCAAGCAUGGCAAAUUGGUGAUACAUGAGACGACUCACAGGAGGGGAAAUCCCUUUGAAUGUUCUGAUUGUGGGAAAACUUUCAGCCAGAAUUCCAACCGGGUGGUACACUAGAGGAU